CAAUAAUAUUUUUAUUUUUAAAAAAAUGUGCUUAGGAGAUCAAAAUAUUUAAAAUGGUCGAAGAUAAAGAUUACAUUUCCGUUCAAAACUUACAGAAAAAGCAGCUUUCCAGCGGCAAAAAGAGCAAGGAAUCCGCCGGCAUCCAAGCGCAGAUAAAUAAAAAGAACAAGCCCAAGCUGAUAACAGAAGGAAAGGGUGAUAAGAAUGGUUUUAAAAUAGCUCAAAUAACUAAACUAUCUCAAAAUGGAGAAGCUCGGAAGAUGGAUAAAAGGAAAAGAUCGUUCAGUGACGACGUAUUCGUAGACAGUCCUAAACACGACGAAAAGUUCCACAAGGGUAAUAAAAGCAUGAAAACUGCGAAAAAAGAUACAUUAAAAAUACUUCCAUCGACGUCGGGCUGUUCUAACACAGGCGAGAAACACAAAAACCAAAUUUGUAGCUCGAAAACUGAAAACACGAAGACCACUACUAAUCGGUAUUCCAGCCUAAGUAGCUUCUUUAAUAUGAACACUUCCGAUAUUAACGUCACGAUUUCCGACGACGAUGACUACGAUUUAUUGAACACCCAACUCGAUAAUAUUCAAAUUACUAUCGAUAAAAAAAUAACUCAUAAAACUUUCCACGAGCGAAGCACGAAAGUAUCGAAUGUUCAGUGCACUUCCGGGAGUCCUACACUUAUCGAAUCCGAUGAAAUGGAUGAUUAUCAGCCUUCUACGAUACAUAUAGAAGAAGAAACGCCCCGUUCCUCGACUCCCUUAGUGGAACAGAAGAACCAGAAGAAACAGUCCAAACCGACUUGUUUCAUGAACCAAAAUCACAAAUGUUUCGAUUUGGGUAAUCGAAAACUAGUAGUACUCAAACAAAAAUCGUGUGUACCGAUAUUCGGACUAUGUUCGAUGAAACUGCUCUACGGAAAAGUGCACAUUUUCGGCUACACUCUAACGAAACGCUCGAAAGAAGUCAAACUGUACUCCCCGAGAGGCUCUUCGUUGUUGGUGAUAGACAAUCUCACGACAGCUAGUGAAGAAGACAAUUUCGACGAGAUUCUAGAAGAGUACGAUUGCUUGAAGGACUUGCGUUUGAAGAAAACCGUGGCUAUCUUCACGUGCUCCCCGAUCGACGCCCACAAAUUCUCGUUCAUCGAAAAACACGCGGCCCAUCAGUUGGUUCCCAAAGUCCCCGCGAGGAACGAACCGCAAAUAAUCUUCAACCCGAAAGAUAGAUUUAACUUGUGCUCCGUUCACCCCGAAUGGGACGAUAUAUUGCAACGCGUGGGGCCCUCUACGAGACUGCUUGUAGCAGGAGGUAAAGGCGUGGGGAAAACUAAUUUCCUGCGAUACGCCAUUAACAGGCUUUUGGGCAGAUUCGAGGCGAUUCGAGUGAUCGAUUUGGAUCCCGGACAAUCCGAGUUUUCGAUACCCGGAUGUCUAUCGGUGUUGACUAUAAAAGAACCUGUUUUCGGACCGAAUUACACGCAUCUACUUAACACAGACAGAUCGUACUUGUCGAACAUCAACAUCGGACACAAUCCGAAGAAGUAUUUGUUAACAAUCAAGCAUCUUAUCCAAAUGGAUUCCGAUGAAAACGUGCCGGUUUUGGUGAAUUACAUGGGUUUCGUGAAAGGCAUCGGAUUGAAUAUAAUCUCAUCGGUUAUUACAUACAUCGAACCAACGGACGUGCUGCAAAUAAACAGCAAACAUUCCAAGAAGAAUUUCAAAUGCGAUUUGACUCCGGAAACGGUUAAAUCAAACUUGAAAGCCUUCGGGGGCGAUCCGAGCUACGUUAAUUUCGCUUUGAGGAAAAUCGUGGCGUUAACAGACGACAAUACCGGCUGGUUUUUGGAAUCCAGACAAGCCAGGGAACUGUGCGUGUUGGCUUACUUCGCUCGAAUGAUGUGCAAUGAAAUACAAUCGUUGACUAACUACAAAUUGCCCAUGUACGAGAUCGGCUUCGAGAGUAUCCAAAUUCGAGACUCCGAAGGUAGAAGACUGCCCGAGGCGGCUGCGAACGCGAAUUUGGUGGCUCUGGGCGAGGUGGUGUCCGAGAAAUUGGGGCUCGUUCGGGUGUUGGGGUACGGUUUGGUUCGGGGCGUCGAUAUGCAAAAUAGGAGGCUCGUUUUGAUCACGCCGGAGCCUUUGGAGGUGUUGGAAAAGGUGUUUUGUUUGGUGGUUACCUCCGUGGGGAUGCCGCCUUCGGUGUACAUGACUCCGGAUGGGAUCCGGGGGCCGAUGCCUUACGUGAUGGAAGGCACGCUGGAGGCUCUGGCUGAGAUCACUAAGAGAUCGUAUAUUCCGGCUAAUAAGAAGAAUGUCGGUGCUUAACGGUUUUUACAGGAAUAUUUGUUUAAUGUUUUAUUAAUCGAAAGUGUUUUUGUUCAUGUAUUUUUUUGUUUUUUUUAUAAAUAAUACGUUUUUAUUUUGUACAACUUCCUUUAAAUCAUCUAGGCUUCCCUGUAUAAGUUGCGUAGAGAAAGAAAGAUGUCUUUUAUUUCGUAUAUGAUUAGUAGUUUUCAAAAUUUUCAAAUUUGGCUCAAUUUUUGAAAAUUUGAAUAGCCAAUAAUCCGACUAGUAAAAGUCCACGAAUAUGUUUUGUGAUUAAAAUGACACGUGACAGUCUUCUUUUUCUUGAAAUUUUUUUU